UUCAGCUUUUUGACCAUAACUUUUCUGCCGAUCACUCAAAAAUUCUGAUUUUUUGGUAUUUUGUAGUUUAUUUAAUUCUAUAUCCACUGGUACCAGGAAUAGUAAAGAUUAUCCAAAUCUUUAAGAGUUAUAGAGCCGGGAAUCGACUGAACUGCUCCAGCUUAAAUUUACACAAAAAAAUUUUUUUUACAGAUUUUAAUUAAAUAAAUGUAUGGACAAAGCACCAGCAAUAGUAACAAUGGAGUACAAAUAUGUGUCGAGCCUUUAAGUGAAUGGAAAAUUCAAGAAAUUACUUACGACGGCUUUGAAAAAUAUAUAAAACCUAGUGAUUUCAAAGACGUUCUCAGAAAAAAUGCUCGUAGAAUAAAAUGGCGUAAAAUUGUAGGAAAUGAUUCUAGUUUGGAUAGAGCUCCAAUAGAUGAAGAUUCUGAUGAUUCUGAGGGUGAAGCAAAAGAUGACAACCAAAAGAAGAGUGAGGCUGUUAAAACUCCAAGUGCUUUAAAUAUUCAUGAACCUGUUGCUGGUCCGUGGGCUGCUGUUGGGAAACAUUUACACAACGCUUUACAAGAAGUACAUAUUCUCUUAGACGCUCUCAAGAUCACUUCUCGAACAUAUUAUUUAUCACCAUCAGUGAACGCUUUAAUUCAGGAUGACAUGCCAGAACACGAACAAAUUGCAUAUUCAAAGACUUAUCAAUUAUGUACUCGGAAAAGGGCACUAAUCGAUGCCACACGUCUCAUCGAAAAAAUGGUUAAAUAUCGACAACAAGUGGUUGUGACACCUGUAGAUACUGGAGAGGGGAAUUUUACAAAGGAGCUCCGCGAAUUACGCGAAAAUUGGCGCGUUCGAAAAAGUGGCUCAACCAUUUAUGGGGAUCUUGGCUAUAAAACUUAUGUCCCAAAAUUUGCUUCACAAGAAAUUUUUGAUGUUUUUCAAAAAACACAAAUUUCUCGACAGCUUGGAAUUGUGCGUUUUAACAAUCCUUCUUAUGUUGGAGUUAAUAUUGCACACAAUUUGUGUUUUAGAUCGAAACUUGUUGUGCUAAUUGAACCUGAUGACGAAAAAAGUGCCCUUUUAUUAUACAAAAACAGACCUAUCCAACAAUCAAUAAAUGAAGACCAAAUAAAACAUAUUCAUUGGAAGCAGGCACUUCCUUGGGCACAGGAUACCUUAAUUUGUAAAGAUAUACUUUCACAGUUAAUAAACGAAUCAGUUUAUGCCCAACAAAACGAUGCCUUAGUUUCUAUUGCAACAGAAAAUUCAAUUGUGAUUUCCUUGUUUGAUGGAUUGUUGAUACGUGUGACUCUGCAUUCAUUUCCUUUUUUGGAAAGGGAAGAAUUGUCUCCAUCAGAAGCCGGAAUUCCUUUUCUUUCCCAAACUCUUCGAGAACUUUUUUUAGCCGAGCAUACAAGCAAACCUAAAAGAACUCAACAAUUUGUUACGCUACCACAAACAGCAUUGCCUGAAAGUUUGGAUAUGCGUGGACCUCAAGCUAUUUGUUUGGAAGAGGUACUUUCACGUAUGAAAACGUCCACUUCUUUAAUCAAAAAAUUUGUGGAUCGCUGUUCUCAUUAUCAACUCGUAGUUAGAACAAUUGAUUUUUUACAAGAUUAUUCAAUUCAUUUUUGUGAUCCACAGCCUCAAUGGAAAUGGGUACGUGUUACACCCAAUUUUACUCUAAUUUCUCUCAAUUUUGUAAACAGAGGAUUUGAAAAUCUUGCAAAAUUUUCGAGCCAAAUUCACAUAACCAACACAUCAAUAACUUUGACUUGCAAAGAAGUUCAGCAAAUUAAUUGUCGUCGUGAUGUCUCAAUUUUGGGGGAAUCAUUGCUUCUCUUGGCCGCUCAUUUUUGGGUCAGUUCUCUCAACACUCUUUCUCGAGCAUAUAGUUGGCAAAUACUUCAUGCAAAUAUUAACGCUUUUGAUAUGGAAGGCAAUCCAGCACCAACAUUUUAUGCUUGUAAUCAAACGGCGACAAAAAGCUUAUUUCUUCAAUUUUACUCAAAUGGAAAUUGCCCUGGAAUUUUUAUUAGAGAAAAUAAUAUUAAAGAUGAUCUUCAAAUUAAACCAAAUCCAACAAAAGAACUUGGAGGUUUUCGUUUUUUAAAUUAUUCGAGAAUUCCGGGAUCGACGCUUAUGAGAAAAAUGGAUAAUUUAUUGGCAACUUUUAUCAAUUAA